AUGGGUUGGACUUGGUACUUAGCAAACGACGUCCAGUUCCACUAUGUCAUCGCUCCAAUACUGUUCAUCACAUUUGCUAAGAACAUUCGUUGGGGUAUGUUGUUGAGUGGACUGAUGAUGACGAUUUCAUCGUUCAUAAAAUUGUGGAUAAUUUUUCGAAACGAUUAUCCACCAGCUCCUAUUCUCACCACGAAAUUACAAAUGGCAAUCAUUAGCUCUAAAGAAAAUCACGAAACCACAUUCAGAAUAAACAAGUUGGACUCCUACUGGAACGAUGUAUAUGUCAGACCGUACGUUCGUUGUGGUCCAUUUGUCACAGGAGUGGUCAUCGGUUUCCUUUUGAUUUAUCUGACUCGACAUCAAAAGCACAACGUUCUGGAGAUCUCGAAGAAAUGGGUCGUGCUGGGCUGGACUUUGUCGACAAUAUUAGGUCUCUAUUCGGUUUUUGGGCUGUUUAACUACGCCCGAACUGGGUAUAUCUCCGAUUGGUGGAAAGCUUUGUACGCAGUGAUUGGUCGGCCCUCCUAUGCUCUGGCUAUCGGGUGGAUCACGUUCGCGUGCGCCACUCAGAACGGAGGUCCUAUUGGUACGUUUCUGAGCUGGAAAUUUUUCAUGCCGCUAUCGAAGAUCACCUUCUGUGCUUACCUUAUUCAUCCGAUUAUGCUGCAGAUUUACAAUCUUAGUCGACCGCAACCGUUCCACUUCACUACAUUAUUUCAGAUGCUCAGACACGCAUUCGAGGCGAUUGUCGUUUCGUACUUAUUGGCGUUCUUCUUCGCACUGGCGUUCGAAAAACCGUUCACAGCAUUCGAUGAAAUGUUAAUGCCUGUGAAAUCCAGAGCAACGUCAACGAAGAAAGCGUUAGAAUUGAAAACUCAAAAUGAAGAAGCACAACCUCUUAACAGCUGA